AUGGCGAUCUGUACUUAUAACGCACGUACGCUUGCAUCGGAAGCGGCCAUCGAAGAUCUGAUGAUGCAAGCCAAGAAGAUCAAGUACGACGUCAUCGGACUGACCGAGACUAGACGACGUCACCCUCUCAACGCCGUAUAUGAAACUGGAGAAGAACUGUUCUUAGGAACAUGCGACAGUAGAGGUGUUGGUGGAGUUGGCGUCCUCGUCAACACGAGUAUGGCAAAGAACAUCGACUCUUUUGAACAACUUACGACCCGAAUCGGACGUCUGCGGAUGAGAAGAUGUGGCCCAAUACCAGCUUUGACUAUCUUCGUCGUUUACGCUCCAACAUCAAGCUACAAAGAAGAAGAAGUCGAAGCUUUCUAUAUGGACCUGGAGAAGUUCUACCAAGAAGAUCAUGCCUUCUACAAGGUCAUAGUUGGCGACUUCAACGCUAAGGUUGGCCCAAGAAGAACGCCGGAGGAACUUCACAUCGGGACCCACGGCCUACAAUGGAAUGACCAGGGAGAGAGGCUCGCCGACUUCAUCAUGACGACUAAGACCAUCCAUGGGAACUCGCAAUUUCAGAAACCCUCUUCUUUACGCUGGACGUGGGAGUCACCCGGUGGAGGGUACCGUAAUGAAAUAGACCACAUCAUCGUCAAUAAAAGGUUCUGCCUGACGGACGUCGGUGUUGUACCAAAGUUCUAUACGGGAUCGGACCAUCGCCUCCUCCGAGGAAGAUUUUCCUUCACAAGGAGAGCAGAGAAAGCCGCCAAGUUCAGAGAGAGAAAUCCCAGGACUACCAUCAACUGGGAUCUCUUCGCUACGCUGGCCGGCUUUUGGGAAGAUUCUGCAAUGGACAACAUCGACGAGGAAUAUGACCGGCUUGUCGAACACCUUCACGACUGCGCGAAGAAGGCUGAGAGUUUUAAAACCACCAGGAGGCGCCUGUCUCUUGAAACUUUUGAGCUGAUACGCCAGCGUGGAGCAGCACGAGCCGCAGGGAACCAAGAACUCACGUCCGAGCUCGCAAGGCUUUGCCGAGAGGCGAUAAAGGAAGACCUUAAAGAGAGAAGAGCAGAAGUGCUGGCUGAAGCUGCAGAGGCGGGGAAAAACAUCAGCUAUGCCCGUCGAAACUUCGCCAGUCGCAAGACGAGGAUGACUGCUCUCCGGAGCCCAAAGGGAACAGCCAUUGCAUCGAGAAGGAGGAUGGAGAAAAUCAUCUACGACUUCUACUCUGAUCUCUUCGACAGCCAUGUCCACUUGCCUCCUCACCAUCUGAGGGAAGAUGGACAAGUCAUUCCAGAGGUUCUCCCGUCCGAAAUACGACAUGCUAUCAUGUCGGUAAGAAAUCGUACGGCACCCGGUCCCGACAGAAUAAGACCAGAACACCUGAAGAGCCUUCCGCCAGUACUCAUCAACACCCUGGCGAGGCUCUUUACACGUUAUCUGUCGGAAUGCAAGGUUCCUAAACAGUGGAAGACCAGCAAGACCGUGUUGUUGUAUAAAAAGGGAGAUCCACAUGACAUCGGCAACUAUCGCCCAAUCUGCCUACUGUCCGUCAUCUACAAGCUCUUUACAAGAGUAAUCCUUAAUAGGAUUGAAAAAGUCUUGGAUGAAGGACAGCCAUGCGAGCAAGCAGGGUUUCGAAAAGGAUUCAGCACGAUUGACCACAUUCACACUGUUUCGAAACUCAUCGAGGUAUCACGAGAGUACAAGAUGCCGCUCUGUCUCACCUUCAUCGACUUAAAGAAGGCUUUCGACUCGGUUGAGACGGAAGCGGUCGUGGAAGCCUUGGACAACCAAGGCGUCCCUACUCAGUAUAUUAAGGUACUUCGAGAGUUGUACAGUAACUUCACGACCGGAAUUUCGCCAUUCUACAAGAACAUCAUCAUUGACGUGAAGAGGGGGGUCCGACAGAGUGAUACAAUUUCACCCAAAAUAUUCACAGCCACCCUCGAGAACGCAAUGCGAAAGUUGGAAUGGGACGACAUGGGAGUGAAGGUUGAUGGUCGGCAGCUACACCAUUUGCGCUUUGCUGAUGACAUCGUACUGGUAACACCUAGCAUCAGCCAAGCGGAACGAAUGCUGACCGAAUUCGACGAAACAUGUGGAUGCAUCGGUCUUCAGCUGAAUCUACAAAAGACGAUGUUCAUGCGGAACGGAUGGGUCUCGGAUGCCCCAUUCACCCUCAACGGAACGAACAUAUCCGAAUGCACCAGCUACGUUUAUCUGGGUCGAAAACUGAACAUGAUGAACGACCUAACCCCCGAGCUGGAGACGAGCGGCUUGGGGAGCGUACAAGAGCAUCGAGGAUGUAGUGAAGAAGACCAGGAACACCCGGCUCCGUGCUCACCUCUUCAACACCACCGUACUUCCUGCUUUGACCUAUGCUUCGGGAACCCGGGCAUUUCGCAAGCAAGAAGAAAACGCGGUGAGCGUCAUUUGAACGUGCAAUGGAGAAAGUUAUGCUAA